AUGGAGGGUGCAUCCCGCCAAACGUCAAGGCUACUCCGGCCUCGUGGCCAGAAACUCCUUCCCCAACAUCUCACACGAACCUCCGCAGUCAGCGCCACACCCUUCACUCAGAUUCAACGACGGACACUGUCAAAUUCUUCUCAUCAUCUUGCCCCAGAGUCUCUUCUCAACAGCUUCAGAGCUGGUUCAUACAAUGAGGGACCCACCAGCUAUUUCACCACCCGGCAAACACUACCCGCGAACACCGUCGUGCGAUUCGUGCCACAACAGACAGCAUGGAUCGUCGAGCGCAUGGGAAAGUUCGACCGUAUCCUGGAACCCGGUCUUGCGAUCCUUGUGCCGUUCUUGGACCGAAUUGCCUACAACGCCAUUACGGCGGAUAACGUCACCCUUGAGCUGGACGGUGUGCUAUAUACGCGAGUUUUUGAUGCCUACAAGGCAAGCUACGGAGUCGAGGACGCAGAAUACGCUAUUUCGCAACUCGCGCAGACGACUAUGCGUUCAGAAAUCGGUCAGUUGACACUCGAUCACGUUCUUAAGGAACGCGCCAAUCUCAAUACAAACAUCACCAAGGCUAUCAACGAGGCGGCCCAGGAAUGGGGUGUCGUCUGCCUCCGAUAUGAGAUUAGGGAUAUCCACGCGCCGGAGGCGGUCGUUGCUGCCAUGCACCGCCAGGUUACUGCUGAGCGCUCCAAGCGAGCUGAGAUCCUCGAGUCUGAAGGUCAGCGCCAGAGCGCAAUCAACAUUGCCGAGGGUCGCAAACAGUCUGUUAUUUUGGCAUCUGAGGCUCUGCGCUCUGAGAAGAUUAACCACGCUUCUGGUGAAGCCGAAGCUAUCAAGCUCAAGGCCGAGGCUACCGCGCUCGGUAUUGACGCUGUUGCUCGGGCCAUCGAGGAGGGUGGAGAGAAUGCCCACAACGCCGUUAGUCUCAGCGUUGCUGAGAAGUACGUUGCGGCCUGGUCGAACCUGGCACGUGAAGGUACGGCUGUUGUUGUUCCCGGUAAUGUCGGCGACAUGGGCGGUAUGAUUGCCAACGCCAUGGCUGUCUACGGAAAGGUCAGCGAGACGCAGGCCCGGGGUUUGGCGAAAAAGACUCUUGGAGUUGAAGAUGCCUCUGGGUCAUCAGAAGCGCCGCAAGAGAGCCAGGCGCCGACAUUUUUUGAGGAACAGGCUGAGCAGAACACACAGUCUGAUAUCGCCUCGCAAACAGCCGAGGAGGGAUUUGAGACGGUCGCCGGCGAGCACAAGAAAUAA